AUGAGCAGUGAUGCUGAGAUGGCCCAGUACGGGCCGGCCUCCGUCUAUUUGCGCAAACCUGAGAAGGAGCGCAUCGAGGCGCAGAACCGGCCAUUUGACGCCAGGACUGCCUGCUUUGUGCCAGAACCCAAGGAACUCUACAUCCGAGGUGUUAUCCAGAAGAAAGAAGGUACCCAAGUCACUGUGAAGACAUCCGCAAAUGAGACUGUUACGGUCCGUGAAGAAGACUGCCACCCCAUGAAUCCUCCAAAGUAUGAUAAGAUAGAGGACAUGGCCAUGAUGACGCACCUCAAUGAGCCAUCUGUGCUGUUUAACCUCAAAGAUCGUUAUGCAGCGUGGAUGAUAUACACAUACUCCGGACUCUUCUGUGUGACAGUGAAUCCGUACAAGUGGUUGCCGGUGUACGACCCACAAGUGGUGUCGGCCUAUAGGGGGAAGAAGCGCAUGGAGGCUCCUCCUCACAUCUUCUCGGUGUCUGAUAACGCCUAUCAAAACAUGCUCACAGACCGUGAGAACCAGUCUGUCCUUAUCACUGGAGAAUCCGGUGCAGGAAAGACAGUCAACACCAAGCGUGUUAUCCAGUACUUUGCGACAAUCGCAGUGGCUGGUGGCAGUGAUAAGAAGGAACAGACAUCCGGAAAGAUGCAGGGAACGCUGGAGGAUCAAAUCAUCUCAGCAAAUCCUUUGCUGGAGGCAUUUGGAAAUGCCAAGACUGUGAGGAAUGACAACUCCUCACGUUUUGGUAAAUUCAUCAGAAUUCAUUUCGGAACAACAGGCAAACUGGCUUCAGCUGAUAUCGAAACAUACUUGCUGGAGAAGUCGAGAGUGACAUUCCAGUUGUCGGAUGAGAGAAGCUACCAUAUCUUCUACCAGAUCAUGACUGGGCACAAACCAGAACUCAUAGAAAUGUUGCUUAUAACUACGAACCCAUAUGACUUCCCCAUGAUAAGUCAGGGGCAGAUCACCGUGGCCAGCAUAGAUGACAAAGAAGAGCUUGUGGCGACAGAUACCGCCACUGACAUCCUAGGCUUCAGCAAUGAGGAGAAAAUGUCUAUCUACAAGCUGACUGGAGCUGUUCUGCAUUAUGGGAACAUGAAGUUCAAGCAGAAGCAGAGAGAGGAGCAAGCAGAGCCCGACGGGACUGAGGUGGCUGACAAAGUGGCCUUCCUCAUGGGUCUGAAUUCUGCCGACCUACUGAAAGGGCUCUGCUACCCCCGUGUCAAAGUGGGCAAUGAGUAUGUCACCAAGGGCCAGACGGUCCCCCAGGUGGCCAAUUCAGUUGGUGCCCUGGCCAAGUCUGUCUAUGAGAAGAUGUUCUUGUGGAUGGUGAUACGCAUCAACGAGAUGCUGGACACCAAACAGCCACGGCAGUUUUUCAUUGGAGUCUUGGACAUUGCAGGAUUUGAAAUCUUUGACUACAACAGCAUGGAGCAGCUGUGCAUCAACUUCACCAACGAGAAGCUACAGCAGUUUUUUAACCACCACAUGUUUGUACUGGAACAAGAAGAGUACAAGAAAGAAGGCAUUGACUGGGAGUUCAUCGACUUUGGAAUGGAUCUCGCAGCUUGCAUUGAGCUCAUUGAAAAGCCAAUGGGUAUCUUCUCCAUUCUUGAAGAGGAGUGCAUGUUCCCAAAGGCAUCAGACACAUCCUUCAAGAACAAACUCUAUGACCAACAUCUUGGGAAAAACAAUGCUUUCCAAAAGCCAAAGGUUGUCAAAGGAAAGCCGGAGGCUCACUUCUCCCUGGUGCACUAUGCUGGAAUAGUGGACUACAACAUUACCGGCUGGCUGGAGAAGAACAAAGAUCCACUCAAUGAGUCUGUGGUGCAGCUAUACCAGAAGUCCUCUUUAAAACUAUUGUCUUUCCUCUAUGCCUCCUUUUCUGGGGGUGAAGCAGCUGAGAACUCCGGUGGUGACAAAGGUGGGAAAAAAGGGGGAAAGAAAAAAGGUGGCUCCUUUCAGACAGUGUCCGCAGUUUUCAGGGAAAAUCUUGGAAAACUGAUGACUAACUUGAGGAGUACUCAUCCUCAUUUUGUACGCUGUUUGAUUCCCAAUGAGGUCAAAACACCAGGUAUCAUGGACAAUCACUUGGUCAUCCACCAGCUGCGAUGUAAUGGUGUGCUGGAAGGAAUCCGCAUCUGUAGGAAAGGAUUUCCAAGCAGGAUUCUCUAUGCUGAUUUUAAGCAGAGAUAUCGAAUCUUGAACGCCAGUGCAAUCCCAGAGGGACAGUUUAUUGAUGGCAAGAAAGCUUCUGAGAAGCUUCUGGGGUCCAUUGACGUUGAUCACACUCAGUACCGCUUUGGCUCCACAAAGGUCUUUUUCAAAGCAGGUCUCCUGGGAAAUCUGGAGGAACUGCGAGAUGAAAAGCUGGCAUCUCUUGUGACACAGACGCAAGCUGUUUGUCGAGGUUAUCUCAUGAGAAAGGAAUAUUCUAAUCUUAUUGCCCAAAAAGACUGUGUGUGGAUUCUACAAUACAACCUGCGCUCCUUCAUGAAUGUCAAACACUGGCCAUGGAUGAAGCUUUUCUUCAAGAUAAAGCCUCUGCUCAAGAGCGCAGAGACAGAAAAGGAGAUGGCCACUAUGAAAGAAGACUUCAUCAAAUGCAAGGAGGACCUGGCCAAGUCAGAGUCCAAGAGGAAGGACCUGGAGGAGAAAAUGGUUUCUCUGCUGCAGGAGAAGAAUAAUCUCCAACUUCAAGUACAAUCUGAUGCGGAGACCCUCUGUGAUGCAGAGGAACGGUGUGAGGGUUUGAUUAAAAGCAAAAUCCAACUGGAGGCCAAACUCAAAGAGGUGACUGAAAGGAUGGAGGAUGAGGAGGAAAUUAAUGCUGAGUUAACCACCAAGAAGAGAAAGCUUGAGGACGAAUGUUCUGAGCUGAAGAAGGACAUUGACGACCUCGAGAUUACGUUGGCUAAAGUGGAGAAAGAAAAACACGCCACCGAAAACAAGGUUAAAAAUCUUGUAGAGGAGCUGGCCGGCCAGGAGGAAAGCAUCAGCAAGCUGAGCAAAGAGAAGAAGGCCCUUCAAGAAGCCCACCAGCAGACCAUGGAUGACCUUCAAGCCGAAGAAGACAAAGUCAACUUGCUGACGAAGGCCAAGUCAAAGCUGGAGCAACAAGUGGAUGAUCUUGAAGGUUCACUUGAGCAAGAAAAGAAGAUACGCAUGGACCUGGAAAGGGCGAAGCGCAAACUGGAAGGAGAUGUUAAACUUACACAAGAAUCCCUGAUGGAUGCAGAAAAUGACAAACAGCAGUCUGAAGAAAGGAUGAAGAAAAAAGACUUUGAAAACAACCAGCUCGUUGGCAAGAUCGCUGACGAACAAACAACCAACAACCAGCUUCAGAAGAAGCUGAAAGAGCUCCAUGCUCGAAUUGAAGAGCUGGAGGAAGAAGUGGAGGCUGAGCGCUCAAUGAGGGCCAAAGUAGAGAAGCAGAGGUCUGACUUGUCCCGGGAGAUUGAGGAGGUCAGUGAGAGGCUUGAGGAGGCAGGAGGAGCCACUGCCUCUCAGAUUGAGCUGAAUAAGAAACGCGAAGGUGAGUUCCUGAAAGUCAGGCGCGACCUUGAGGAGGCCACACUGCACCACGAGGCUACGUCUGCUGCACUGCGCAAGAAGCAUGCUGACAGCAUGGCUGAGCUUGGAGAACAGAUUGACAACUUGCAGAGAAUCAAGCAGAAACUUGAGAAGGAGAAAAGUGAGCUCAAGAUGGAGAUUGAUGAUUUAGCCACCAACAUGGAAUCUGUGGCUAAAACCAAGGUCAACCUGGAGAAGACCUGUCGCUCCCUGGAAGAUCAGCUAGUGGAGCUAAAGACCAAGAAUGAUGAAAACAGUCGGAAUAUUGCAGAUCUUAGCAAUCAGAGGGCCCGCUUUCAAACUGAGAAUGCUGAGUUAUCCCGUCAAUUAGAAGAGCGAGAGAGUGUCAUAUCCCAGCUGACCAGAGGAAAGCAGGGAUUUACCACACAAGUUGAUGACCUCAAACGACUCCUGGAGGAAGAAACAAAGGCCAAGAAUGCCCUGGCACACAGCCUCCAAUCAUCUCGGCACGACUGCGACCUCCUCCGUGAACAAUACGAGGAGGAGCAGGAGGCCAAGGCGGAGCUUCAGCGUGCAUUGUCCAAAGCCAACACUGAGGUUGCUCUUUGGAGGAACAAAUAUGAGACGGAUGCCAUCCAACGCACUGAGGAGCUGGAGGAGGCCAAGAAAAAGCUGGCCCAGCGUCUCCAAGAGGCAGAGGAACAAAUUGAGGCGGUGAACUCAAAGUGUGCCUCGCUGGAGAAAACUAAACAGCGACUUCACAAUGAGAUGGAAGAUCUCAUGGUAGACGUGGAAAGGUCGAACAGCGUAGCGGCCACACUGGACAAGAAGCAGAGAAACUUUGACAAGAUUCUAGCUGAGUGGAAGCAAAAGUAUGAAGAGUCUCAGGCUGAGCUGGAAGGUGCUCAGAAGGAAUCUCGAUCGCUCAGUACAGAGCUCUUCAAACUGAAGAAUUCAUAUGAGGAGGCCCUUGAUCAUCUGGAGACAAUGAAGAGGGAAAACAAGAACCUGCAACAGGAGCUCGCGGACCUGACAGAACAGCUGGGAGAAAGUGGGAAAACGAUCCAUGAAUUGGAGAAGUUCAAGAAGAAUGUUGAGACUGAAAAAUAUGACAUGCAAACUGCGCUGGAAGAAGCUGAAGCCUCCUUAGAGCAAGAGGAAACAAAGAUCCUCUGUAUCCAAAUGGAGCUCAACCAAGUUAAAGCUGAUGUAGACCGGAAAGUGGCAGAGAAAGAUGAGGAGAUUGACCAGCUGAGGAAGAACCACCAGCGAGUAAUAGAAUCUAUGCAAGCCACUCUGGAUGCCGAGGUCCGUAGCAGGAAUGAUGCUCUGAGAGUGAAAAAGAAAAUGGAUGGAGACUUGAAUGAGAUGGAGAUCCAACUGGGCCAUGCCAACAGGCAAGCCUCUGAAGUUCUGAAACAGCUGAGGAACGUGCAGGCACAACUAAAGGAUGCUCAAAUCCACCUGGACGACUCCCUUCGAGUUCAAGAUGACAUGAAGGAGCAGGUAGCCAUGAUGGAGCGUAGGACCAGCUUGAUGCAGGCUGAGAUUGAGGAGCUUCGAGCAGUCGUGGAACAGACUGAGAGGAGCCGCAAAUUGGCAGAACAGGAACUGAUUGAUGCCAGCGAGCGUGCAGGACUUCUUCAUUCUCAGAACACCAGUCUCCUGAACACCAAGAAAAAGCUGGAGACGGACGUUACCCAGCUUCAUGUUGAAAUAGAGGAAGCUGUUCAGGAGGCCAGGAAUGCUGAGGAGAAAGCCAAGAAAGCAAUCACUGAUGCUGCCAUGAUGGCUGAGGAGCUCAGGAAGGAGCAAGACACCAGCGCCCACCUGGAGAGGAUGAAGAAGAACCUGGAUGUGAUGGUCAAAGACCUUCAACACCGCCUGGACGAGGCAGAGAACUUAGCCAUGAAGGGUGGGAAGAAACAGUUGCAGAAGUUGGAGGCCAGGGUUCGUGAGCUGGAGACUGAACUGGAAGCCGAGCAAAAACGCUCAAGUGAAUCCAUCAAGGGAAUACGCAAAUACGAGAGGAAGGUCAAAGAGCUGAGCUACCAGGCUGAUGAAGACAAGAAAACAAACAUUCGACUUCAGGAUCUGGUGGACAAGCUGCAGAUCAAAAUGAAGGCCUACAAACGUCACGCUGAAGAAGCUGAGGAACAGGCCAACAUGCACAUGGCCAGAUUCAGGAAAUCUCAGCACGAGUUGGAAGAGGCCGAAGAGAGAGCCGACGUGGCUGAAUCGCUUGCCAACAAGAUGCGAGCCAAAACCCGUGACAUCGGGCCAAAGCCAGCCGAAGGACAAGGGGAGUAGCUGAACAUCCAGAUGGCCAGCACAG